AUGUCAACACAACUUAAUCAAACAGUCAUUCUCAAGUUGGAGCAAAAAGUACAGCAAUUGAACCUGCUUCUUCUCCCGGAAGGAAGACUUUUACUUCAAAAAGCAAAGGAUGAAUUUAUUACAGGACUCAUAGAUGUAAGAGCUCUAACGGAGAGAAUAAAGGAUAUCAAAGACAGAUUUACUUCUAUUACUCCGUUACAACCUUCUCAACCUAUACAAAUACCAACAUCAUCUACAUUAAUACAACAACAACAAACUAGAGUACUACCAAAUCCUUCACAAACUUCUCAACCUAUACAAAUACCGUCACAAACACCAACCCCUUUUACUGAAGAGGAACAAAUAAUGUUUAAAAGCAUGAAAACAAUGACCGCAGAAGAUAGAAAGAAUUUUGUUGCAAAUAAUCCACAAGCAAGAGAGUUACUUAAGAAACUUCAAUCAAUUAAAAAUUCUAAAGCUGACGGUGGUAGUAUGGGAGUCACACAACCUCCACAAUCAUCAAUCCCUCCUCCAUUACAACCACAAUCAACACCAUCACAAGUUAUUCCAACACAACCUCCAUCAAAAAAGAAAAAAGUAGAGGAUCAACAACAACCAGAAACUCCUGUUCAUCCUUUUGCCAAUGAUGAUGAAGUGCACUCAUAUUAUUCUAGUAGAUUUCAACCAGAGGUUUCUUUUCUCAAUUCUACCAAUUUACGAAAUAAGAUUAAUCGUAUUCUUAAAACUCAACAAUUGAAGCCUACCGUGAGUGAUGCUCUAGUUGAAUUUAUUUCAUUGGCAGUUCAGGAUAGAAUGAGAUCAAUAGUUGAGGAAUUAGUAUUAAACUCAAAAACAAGAAUGGAUACCCCAAUUAAUGCCAGUGAUAAUACCUCCUUUAUUGAGAUUACUUCAAAUAGUAAUUAUUCUUUGGUAAAUAGAGAAUUGAAAAUCAAACAAAAAAUUUUACAAGAGGAUGAACAAAGAAGAGAGGAAGAGGAACGCUCCAAAGAAGCCCAACGAAAAAAACAAUCUGGAUCAUCAGAAGGAAAGAGAAAGAGAAAUCAAAGUUCAAAAGAGGAUGAAGAACAAAAAAUGUCUGAUAUGAAUGUUGCUAUUGACGUUGCACUUGGAAAGAAAUCCUCAAUCGCAAAUUUGAGUCAAUCAAAUAAGACAUCUUCGACCCUUAAAAAAACUCCUUCUGCAAGCAAUGUAACCAACUCUACAAAACAAAACAACGGGCAAGAGUUUGAUGAUGACUCGUCACAACUUGGAAAACGACCAUCAUCAAUUGUAAUAACACCUCAAGAUGUAAUUUUAUAUUUGGAGACUGAACCACUUUUAAGAAAGUCCAGAUUAUUGCAUUCUCUAUAUCUUAAAUUAAAGGAAUAGUUGUUAAUUAUUGUAAAUAAAUUCAAUGUUGAAUAUCC